AUGUCUCGACUUCAUACUCGCAAUUCUCGUGGCCGCCAGCCUAUGCUUGGCUCCGCCCCAAAAUUCUCAAAAUCAAAGGAACGCCCGAACGAUACAUAUCAGCUGCCGAAUGGCAAGAAAUCCAAGAACCACUUGAAACAACGUACGGUUGCUAGCAAAGCUGCUGCAAGGCGCAGAAGAGCCGAGAGCACCUCAUCGGAGGACUUGUCGUCGUCCUUCGGGUCAGAUACCGCAGAUGAUGCCUCGGACGAAGAUAGCGACGACGAUGAAGCAGACGAAGACGACCUGCCAGCGGUGCAAGCUCCGUCUCGUUCUCAAUCUUUGAACGGGGCGGGGCGCAAGAUCCGGUCCAUGUCCAGGGGUGGCUUCUCCGUUGCUGGCAGUACGGAUAGCAUGUUUGGUGACUAUGGAGCCAUGUACGAGGAUGUGGAUGACAACCCCAACAUCUCUCCUGAAGAGAAUAGAAAGCUUUUUGAGAACCAGAUCUUCGCCGACUUGGACGAUGACAACGAUGAUGUCUACCAGGCGGUCGACGAUAUCAGCGACUCUGAGGACGAGUUGGAUGAUCGCCGUAUCGAGGAACAAGAACUUCUGGCAAUGCUUUCCGAAGAAGAUAACAGCGAUGCGGACCUCCUACUCAAUCAGAUUGAUGGACUAUCUGCCUACGGCUUCGGUGAUGACAGCGAUGCCACCAUCUACCGCUUUCCGUCCUCGCAGGGGAGUGAUAGCGGGGCGGAUGCUGCCCCCGAAAGACGGGUGCAUUUUGCUGUCGAUAGUGAUCGCUCAAUCUUCUUGGCCAUGUCAGAGUCCCCAACUAUUACUAGAGCAUUGCUUCCUUCUGCGCGGCCGGAAGCCGUGUACUCGACGCCUAUUGUCGACAAAAGAUCGGCAGGGAUGGUUGAUGAUCUUGAUGACUCUGAUCUCACAGACGAUUGUUUGCCUGAGGAGGCGCUGCAGAGCACGCCGACUACCACACAAGUACAGAGAGAAUCAUCACCGUCCGUCAGUCCUCCAACGAAGAAGUCUCCUCAACGUCGAGGUCCACCUCGUGGCAUCUUCAUCGAUGAGGGGACUAAGGCGUCUGGAAUCUUGGAUCCUUCUGGCAAGAUUAUUCUCCUGACGAAUCCUCAUCUCCUUGGGGAAGAAUUUGCUCGUCGUUACGGGGCUUCCGAGACCUCUAGUCCUGACUUGGGUUUUGCGGAGCUCAUCGAGGAUAGCGACGGCGGUGAGCGAGAACCUGGCGACCUCGUUGGCGUUCCCGGUGCGGAUAUCAUGCUGGCCAGUCUGAAUUCCGCCAUCAGUGACCCUUCCAACCUUGGACAGGCUGUCGGACCCCUCGAGGCCUUCUACCCUUCCAAUAGCCUCCUUUUUGGCGACUUUGCAAUUGACCCUGACGAGCUGGAGGAGAAUUUCCGGCCGGACGAGGACACUGGCGAGGACGUGAUCAAUCUGACGGACGUGAUCAAGUUUGACGAGGACACGGACGACAGCGAAGCCCCGACCUCACCAUUCUUCAUGCCGCCCAGCCGCGAACUUUCGGGCUUGGGCAAUGUCAAUAACGAGUUUGCUUAUCUCAACAACAACAAUGUGACGGCCUUCCGGCGUAACGCGGACCCGGCUUUCGCUGCCCUCAACAACACGCCCUCAUUCCGGGAGAUGGAUCUCUUUAGCUCACCGUUUGCAACCCCCGCCCCACGACGCAAGCGGAAAGUCCAUGCUUCUCCCUACACUUCAUCGCAUUACAAAGGGGUGACGCCGGUGCAGCGCAUGCGGGCUCCCAAUCAUCCCCAGACGCCUGAUGCAUCCACGCCUGCGAAGAGGCGCCGGAUCAUGACUUGA